UGGAUGCCUUCAUCUACGACGCUGCUGUUUUGAACUACAUGGCCGGGAAAGAUGAAGGCUGCAAGCUGGUGACUAUCGGCAGUGGGAAAGUGUUUGCCACCACAGGGUAUGGCAUCGCUUUGCAGAAGGACUCCAGCUGGAAACGGCCUAUUGACCUGGCCCUGCUGCAGUUCCUCGGAGACGGAGACACCCAGCGCUUGGAGACGGUGUGGUUGUCAGGCAUCUGCCAGAACGAGAAGAAUGAAGUGAUGAGCAGCAAGCUGGACAUUGACAACAUGGCAGGCGUCUUCUAUAUGCUCCUAGUGGCCAUGGGCCUCAGCCUGCUUGUCUUUGCCUGGGAACACCUGCUUUAUUGGAAACUACGACACUCCCUCCACAAGUCUCAGAAACUUGACUUCUUGUUGGCCAUCAGUAGGGGUAUUUACAGUUGUUUCAAUGGAGUGGAGGACCCCGGGCGUUCUUCUGGUUUGGCCAAACCUGACCUGACCUCCAACUACGCUCAAGCAAAUAUGCUGAAGAUGCUUCGCACCGCCAAGGACCUGGUCUCCACUGCCAAUGUUGAGACGUCACUGGACAACGCCACCAAGACCAUAGAGCAGUUGAGUCGACAUGGCGGUAGCUUGCCUGUUCGUAUUCCACAAGUCGCCACAGAGGCCGUACCAGGAGGAUUUGCUUAUAUUACAGAGAAUCACUGCUCCCUUCCCCAGCGCUCCCUAACCCCACCUCUGAAACAACAGAGGGGUGUGACCAGGCCCACGCCACUGCGCUACACGCUUCCGACUCACUCUUCUUCAUGUCUGUAUGACCGGCCACUACCUGUGUCCAGCCUCAGCAGCCCACACCUGGCUGUGGGUGAGCCACUCCCUCAUCAGCACCCGCACCACUACCAGACCACUGGGAGACUCUACGUAGACACCCAUGCUCACUCUCCCUUCAUCCCUUACACUGAUCUCCAACUACCUGACAUCUACGCCUCUCACCCGGUGUCCUCGCCUCAAAACCAGCACGUCCAGGCAGGCUUCUCCCGACGGAAACGGAGGUCCAAGAGUUUCCAGUGUGAGGAUGGGGAGGUAGAGAGGAGAAAACACAGGGAUCAGGAAAAGAAUGACAAAAGUCCUGUCUGUCUGAGUGAGCUCAAAGCCAACCACCUCCAAGACAACCACAUCUCCGCCGCCAGCGUUGACAGCAUCUACUCAGGGGAGGUAAUGUGUCCUCGGGUAGAGAACUACAGCUCUUGGCCCCCGGAGGAUCUCGCACUGAGAGGGAGACGCAGGCACCGCCGACCCUCUUUCCUUAAAGCAACUUGGGGCAACGAGCAGAUGCGCCAGCUUGACGAGUCCCAGUCAUCCCUGUCCAGCCAGUCACCUUCCACCUUGCCAGACCUGUUCCCAUGCAUUCUUACACCGACCACACCUGCAAAGGCCUACAAUCCUGCCCACCUUCGAAACAACCUGUGCCUCCCACGGAACCAGACCUACCUCCACAUAAGGGAGGACCAGAGGAGACCCAAUGGGCGUAAGGGCCAGAGGCUGCGCUACUCCCACUCCACGCACCUCCCCACGUAUGGAGAGGCAGUACGACAUGGGACUGGGUUAGGGAGGGGGAUGGUACGGAGAGCCACCAGUUUGCUCAGCAGACAGUACACUCACUACCUGAACUCGUACCCUGGACUACCACUCUACCAUGGCCCCCUAGAUCUGCAGCACCACAUCCAGGCCUCCAGCAACCACCCGAGCCCCAGCCCAGUGUGCCAGCUGCUGGCUUGUGGUGGUGGGAGAUGUGGAAGCCAGCGGGCUCUGCUAUACCAGGACAGCGUGUAUGGGGCCUAUGGGGUCUAUCAGGGAUCCCAGACUGGAUCAGAGGUCCAGGUGGGUCAGGGAGCAGGGGGCCAACCCACGGGGAGCCCCUGCGUACUUCGUCCAUGGCGACGGGUGUCCAGUCUGGAGUCUGAGGUCUGAUGGGAAACCAAAAGGACCGACUGUAGGAUAAAAUGGAUACUGUGGAGAAACAGAAGACAAGACUGUGGAGAGGGAGUAGUAGUUAGAUUAAUGUAAGAGGGGGGAGUUGUGACUUGAAGUAAUUGUGGAUUUUCUAUGUGACUUUGUGUGGUAAAGAAUAGAAGUUUGGUUCUGUACAUUUUACAGAUGUUAGGAUUUGAUGUAUGCUGCAGUAAGAUAAGAAGACUGCACUGUUACCGAUCUAUCCUCGAGAAAGCGGUGGAAAGCUGAAGUUGGCAGGUUUUUCUCACUUGCUACUUUACUACGACAACGCUUGUGUGCUUUCUGUGCUUUAAUGUGCACUAAGAUUUACAGCAGUCCACAGUGUUGGCGCAUGGUUAAACUAUAACCAGAGUUUUCAUGCUGUGUGUGUGUCAUGUAUAUUAUAUUGUGGAGGGUUGGGAUACAUGUCUUGGUUGUUGCCGAGUAGAUGAACUGUUUACAGUUGGUGAGAAAUGGUGGAGGAAUAAGGGAUUGUCUCUUCAAAUACAGCCGCCAAAAACAAGCAGCCACUGUAGCAAGAUUUAUGAAGACAGCUGCGAUGUACACAUGAAGAGUUUUAUUCAAAAAUUAAAUAUUAUACCAUUUUGAUUCAUAAAAAGCAGCAGUUUUAUAGAAUCAAAUAAUCAUUUUGAGACAUCUGUUAAAGAAUUUCAGGUAACUUCUUUAAAGAUGUAUAAUGUUUUUGUGGAGCUAAGCCCUUCAAGUCUUCAUUUAGUGAUGAGUCAGAGGAAGCGGCGACUUUGUGAAAAGCAGUCCAUUUGAACACAAUCAAAAUGAUGAAGUACUGGGACAGCACUGACCAGCACUAGGUGUCUUAAACCAUGGAUUUUUGUUCCUCACUGGGUCUCAGUAUGAGGCCGCAGUACAGCACAUCACACAAGGCCUCACAAUAAAUAAAUUCUGCAUCUAAAUACUAUAUCGAUAUAGAGAAAAUGUGUUAUUUGAGACUGGUUAGUGUCAUAUUCAUGUAUUCU